UAUCGCCAUAUAACCGUUCGCUCGACUAAACCACAGUCAGUCAUCAGACAACGCAGUUAAUACAACAUCGCAAUCAAAAUGUACCGUCUUAUAAUUCUUCUAACUUUACUAAUAUCUAUCGAGUCACAUCGCCACUGCGGGAGGCACACAUCGCUAUGCCACAGGAGACACCAUGACCGUCACAUGAGAAACCAUGAGAGAUCCUUCGACAGUUUAGCAAGAAGCGUCAUCUCCCUGGAUCGGAGUCUAAACGAGUUAUGUACCGACAAUAACAAUAACAGAAGCAAAGAGAUAUUCAAAACAGACGAGUAUACUAUACAAGUGUCACUGGAAGAUUACGCAAAAGAGAGCAUUGUGGUCAAAAUUAAAUAUCGCGUUUUGUACAUAUACGCAGAGAAAAAGGACGAGUCGAAAUCCAAUUAUUUCGAGCUUAGAGUUUUGCCGGAAAUUGUUGAUGUGCAUAAAGCCACUUGGAAUUACAACGAUGGUGACUUGGAAAUAAUAAUUCAGUACAAAAUGAAUAGAGUUGAUGAAUAUAUAAGAAAUUGUGAGCAAGAUAUUGAUAGCUCGGUGAUUGUAGUUGAAAAUUAUGAACCGGUUAUCGAUUUAAGAAAAGGAAUCGAUCGAGAAGACACAACUGAAGUGUACCCAGAUCGUGUUCGUGAGGAAUCUGAUUCACAAACAGAUGGUAAUGACAAUGGUAUAAAUAAUAUUAAUAAUGUGCCUGAAGAUACGAAUAAAUUUGUUAAAACUGCGAGCGAGACAGUUUACUGACGUGUUACUAUUAAUUUUGUAUAACGCUUUUACUUCAUUAGUGAUUACAAUGCUUACGUAAUUAUUUUGUUUCAAUUAAAUACUUAAAAUAUGUAAAUUAA